AAUCUCUUAUUGUUAUCGUUCUUAUUAUAAUAAAAUUUUCUGUUUGAAUUUCUGGAUUCAGUUUUGCUUUUGGAUAAGAAUCUUUCAUUUGUUAAUUAUUGCCUCGAUCUUCUAGAAGUAAUUGCCUUCAAUCAAGUCGUUACAUGUCCCACGCAAUUGCGAUUUUGGAGAGAGAGGGGGAGAGAUCUGAGGAUUUUGUGUUUUGAAUUUGUUGGAUUUUUGGAGUUUUGAUUCUAAUUUGGUGGCUUGAAAUGUUGAUUUUUUUUUUCUCCCGGUAAAUACUACUUUUCAACUCUAAUGAACCGUUUGGUUAUUAGAAAUGACAAGACUAUAGAAUUCAAAUUGCGGAAAUCCGCCCUGGAUAACUCCUCUUGCCCUUUUGUGUUUGGCAUAUUUUACCGUUGGAAAUGGAGCCAUAGAGUUCCUUGCUAUUAUAAGAUGUUCCAUUUCUGUGACUGUUUCAAGGAUACUCUUGCAUGGACAGUUCUUGGUUUAGAACUCAUAUUUAAGAUCUGCAAGUUUAAAUAGACUGUUGUACUCAGGACGAUUUGGCAUUUGAUUGGGGUAAUCGUCCAGAGAUGGCAAGUGGGUUUGGGGAAUCAACAAGCAGGCCACCCCAAAACCCCCCAUUUUCUAGCAACAACACUAAUGGUGACGCUGGUAACUUUGAAUGCAAUAUUUGCUUUGACUUAGCUCAAGACCCCAUAGUAACUUUGUGUGGCCAUCUUUUCUGCUGGCCUUGUCUUUACAAAUGGCUCCACUUUCACUCACAAUCUAAGGAAUGCCCCGUUUGUAAGGCUUUGGUCCAGGAGGAGAAAUUGGUUCCCCUAUAUGGUAGGGGUAAAACGUCAACUGAUCCUAGAUCAAAGUCAAUACCUGGUGUUAACAUUCCUAACCGCCCAGCCGGGCAGAGGCCUGAAACAGCCCCUCCACCAGAACCAAAUCAUUUUGCCCAACGUGGAUUUGGAUUCAUGGGAGGGUUAGGAGGAUUUGCACCAAUGGCAACAGCUAGGUUUGGGAAUUUUACAUUGUCUGCAGCUUUUGGUGGUCUCAUCCCUUCACUUUUUAACCUUCAGUUGUAUGGAUUUCCUGAUGCUGUCAUGUAUGGUGCGGCUGCUGGCUUUCCAUAUGGGUUCUCUAAUUCUUUUCAUGGCGGCCAUGCAUAUGGAUAUCCUCAGCACCAGGGGCAAGGACAGCAAGAUUAUUAUCUGAAGAGGCUACUUUUGUUUAUUGGUUUUUGUGUUCUUCUUGCUCUCAUUUGGCAAUAGUCCAAGUCAGUUUUCACAGCCUACUAAUGGAUGUUUUGGGCUUAUCAUUCUCAUGUCUUUGUAAAUUUGUUAGUGCAUUUUUUUUUUCUUGGUAACAAGGAAAUUGUCCAUAACGUACACUGUCAGAACUUUUGUAGCUUCUCCAUGUUUUCAUCAGCUUUGUGGAAUGUGAUUUGCUUGUUUUUUCUAGUCA